GAGAGGCGGGGCAGGUAGGGAGAGGGGUGACAUACCCGCCCCCCGCCCUCCCUCCUGCCGCCUCUGGCCACGUCUCAAACUCGGCGACUGUGGCCGCACUGCAGGAGCGCGCAGCCGGGCAGCAGCGGAGCGAGGACCGGCGGGAAGCAGAGCGGAAAACACGCGCUGCGACCGGGAAACCGAGAACCGGCGCCACUCCCCACGCAGCGCAAGUGACGGGCGCACCGGAGAAACGCCAUGCCUCGCUGCAGGGCCAACCUGAGCUCCAUGAUUUUCCUGGUGAUCCUGCAGGGGGCGGCAGUGGUGCUCUUCUGCGGCUGGUACGUCCAGCUGAGCCCCUGCGGCUCGGCUCCCGGCAACGGCAAGGUCCACGUGCUGCUGCUGUCCUCGUGGCGCUCCGGCUCCUCCUUCGUGGGCCAGGUGUUCAGCCAGCAUCCGUCCGUCUUCUACCUGAUGGAGCCGGCCUGGCACCUGUGGACCAAGUUCCCCAAGCCCAGCGCGCAGACCCUCAGGAUGGCGGUGCGGGACCUGGUGCGCAGCGUCUUCCAGUGCGACUUCUCGGUGAUGGAGCCCUACCUACCGGAGCGCCACAACACCUCCUCCCUCUUCAUGUGGAGUCACAGCCGGGCGCUGUGCUCGCCGCCGGCGUGCUCGCUCACGCCGCGGGACAAGAUCAGCAACCAGAGCGUCUGCGCCAGGACCUGCGAUGCCCGCGGCCUGGGGAAGGUGCAGGAGGCCUGCGGCACCUACAGCCACGUGGUGCUGAAGGAGGUGCGCUUCUUCGAGCUGGAGUCCCUCUACCCGCUGCUGCAGGAUCCCAGCCUGGACCUGCGCAUCAUCCACCUGGUCCGGGACCCGCGGGCCGUCAUGCGCUCCCGAGAGGAGUCGGCCCGAGCGUUCGUCAGCGACAACGCGGUGGUGCUGGAGCAGAGGGCCAUUCCCCAGACGGACGUGCAGUACCAGGUGAUGCAGGAGAUCUGCCGCAGCCACGUGCGCAUCAACGAGCGCGCCGUCCUGAAGCCGCCGCCCUUCCUCAAGGGCCGCUACAAGAUGGUCCGCUACGAGGACGUGGCUCAAAGUCCGCUGGAGGAAAUCAGCGCCAUGUAUGACUUCGUGGGCCUGGAAAUGACGGCGCAGCUGGAGGAGUGGAUCUACGAGGUCACGCACGGGAAGGGCAAAGGCUCGCGGAAGGACGCCUUCAAAAUCACCUCGCGAAACGCCGCCGACGUGUCCCAGGCCUGGCGCACCACGCUGUCGCACCGGAAGGUGAAGCGCGUGCAGCAGGUGUGUGGCUCGGCCAUGUCGCUGCUGGGCUACCGGACGGUCAACAGCGAGAAGGAGCAGAAGAAGUUGGACGUGGACCUGCUGGUGCCGCGAGAGCCGUACAAGUUCAGCUGGUUGCCGCAGAAGACGGAGCAGCAUCGCCGGAGAUGAGGCGACUGAGACCAGGACCCGUCGCCGGUGAGGUGCUGUAGCGUCUGCAGUCGACACCCGGGACAAAGACUACCUUCUCAUCCAUCCUCCUUCAGAGGAGUUCUCAGCUUGAACACCAGGGUUCGCUGUUGUCAGCUCUUGUCUGGGACUCACUGCUGGAGGAUUUAAUGUUAUUGCCUCUCGGGUUUUGGAUCUGUGAGGACUUGAUCCUCGGCCACUGAUUUCACUCAAAAUGGCUGACUUCUGCCAGGGUCUGGUCCUGAACCCCGGAGUUGCGACGGCUGCGUCCCCCCCAUACAUCAUACCAGGAACCAUGUGCUGCUGCUGUGAGAUUCGGACGCCUCACAGACCUCUGCAUGCCAAGCCAUCCUCGCUCCCAUGGCGUCCUUCAGCGUUGCAUGUUGACCCAUGUAGCGUCCCAGGCGGAGGGGGGAUGGCGAGAGGCAGGGAGACGUUCGGAAGCUCUCCUCCUUGCUGACUACUGUCAGGAAGUCACCGCGACUGAAACACACCGCUGUUUAAGGGGCUUAAAUAUAUGUGGAACGAAAUGAGCGCCACCCUAUGGCUUCCCUCACCACAACCUCCAUCUUUCUUUCUGUUCAGUUGAAAACCUAAUGCAACGCUGAAGGCUGCCUUCGGCGUCAGUGUCGGACGCUAAAGUCCACUUUCCCAACGUUGGUAUAUUUCACCAUGGGAGUGAGGAGGUACAGUAUUGUGCCUUGUUGGCGCCACGACACUCACUCAGAUGGUACCAAAACAGUGCCAACACACCUUCAGCACCUGGCAGCCUGCGGUCUGUGCAUGUGCAUCCUGCCGUGGUCCACUCCAGACCGUGAAGCCCUCUGGUGAUGUCAGCCCUCCUCGGACCUUCAGGACCACGACAGUGACGCCCAGCGAAAAGCUCCAGUCUCUUAUGUGACAAGUGGGAUGCACCAGAUUAUUUCCCAACACACAGCUUCCACGACUGUUGUUGAUUUGAAAUGAAUGACUCAGCAGUCCUUUGUUUUUCAUAUGAACAAGCUUUGGGUGGUGAACAGACUCUUGAAUGAUGUUUUGGCAAAAGCCUGCUCCUCUGAGAACAGCUGGGCGACGAUACAGAGCUCCAGCACUGGAAGAGAAGGGAGAGGAACGCUCCCUCGGCUGUGACGUCUCACUGCUGUCAGCUGCGCCUGAUGGAGGCUGGAGUGCCAGCCAGGUCGGAUGUUCCCUGAAGCCUCCAAACGAGCCGCGGCUGCCUCCCGGGACGUUCAUCUGCAGGUACCAAAGUGACCCCGUGGCAUCGGCUGGGUUUGGUCUCGACUCUCGCGUGUUUCGGAGCCAGUUGUCUUCAGGCUUCACUGAGUGUGAGGCAUUUCUCUGAGGAGGUCAGAACUCGUAAAGUCUCCAGUUAAAGUUCGAUCACACCUUUCAAAGCUCCAGGCGCCGAAAGUUGAAAAGGGGGGAAACAGCGCCUCCUGCUGUCCAAACGAUAUUAAGUUAUUGACGUUCUACGUUGAGGUUUCCGUAACUACUGAAGUUAGGUCACCAGUCGGCCAUAACAUUAUGACCACCUCUCCAAUACGUUGAGCUGCAGUUCAGCUGCCACACCCGCAGAUCCCCCCCGCCCCCCAUCUCCCCAUGUGACGUCACUUUGGCCUAGAAAACACGCCAGGAAAGUUUGAUGUCACAGAAAGAAAGCCUUGUAUUUAUUCUGAUUUAUUGUGGUGAAACUAGUACG